AUGGAAGUCUUAACUCCAACGGCUAGAGACCAACUUCAGGAGGACACCCCAGACAAAAACACGCCGCCAGAUUCCUCGGUCAACACGACUCUCGACAACGUUCUCCCCAGUCAACACACCGAGCUACCACCCUCCAUGCUCAUCAAUCCCAGCCCAUCACACACCAACAACGACCGAGACGGUCCCAUGAACGGCAGCAGCAGCAGCAGCAGCAGCGGGCCCAAUCCGUCCGCAACCGCAACCCACGAGACCGUCUUCCUAGUCCUAUUCACCCUCACACAGCUGGUCCAAUCCAUCCCUCUCGGCGCGGGCAUCAAUUCCGGGCUCGCCAUCGGCUCCUCACUCGGCUCUCCACCGUCUUCCGCGGCGUGGAUCGUGGCGUCGUACCCGCUCACACAGGGCGCCUUUGUGCUCAUCGGCGGGCGCCUGGGCGAAGUCUACGGGCACAAGGCCGUGCUGGCUGCGGGAGCCCUCUGGUGA